CUCGCGAGCGCUCAGACUAGUCUCCGCCCCUCCAGUCAUGAGAGCGGACUACGCGAGCCACCUAGUGCGCUCUCCCAUCGUCUUCGAGCUCUUCCUAUUCUCCUACCUCAUCUCUGCCCUCUGUCUUCAGAACGUCAAUAUCUACAAGACGGUUAGCGACAUUCGUUUAGUGCGCUCUAAUUAGAAUAGACGCCUCCCACAGAAUGCGUAUCUCGUGGACUACAACUUGGUGCUGUUCACGGUGGCCGUCCUACUCCGUAGACCCGCUCUGUGUGCCCUUAUGCAGUUGCAGACCCACCUCAUGCAGGGAAGGGGGAGGAGGACUGGACUGAGGCACUGGCUGCAGUUGAGGAAGGUUCUUGUUGUGGUGGCCACUGUCCUAGUCAUCGUUUGGUCGGCCAUCAAACUAAUCAGCAACACUUCUCUCUUUAACCUUCUCUUCCUCUUCUACCCACUCCUCCUCUAUCUGUCUCUGUUUGGGUUCACAAUGGAGCCUCGGGUCCACCGGGCUAAAUUCCAGCCCCCCAGGGGAUUCAUGGACGACGCCGAGGGCCGAAAGACCCCCCGGAAGAUAUUUGUCCCCCUACCGAUCCCGGCGAAUCCGCAGACCCUGGGACCGAUGUUUGUCCUGCAGGGACGAGGCCCCAAUUCCGAAACCUCCUGGCAAUUUUCUCAGCCGAUGAGCGAGGAAGAAAUGUCUGCAUACGAGAAAUCUCGCGACGGCCCGCCGCCGAGAUUUGAACUCAAGUACACCUGGGAGUACACGCUGUUGCUUCAUGCGGACCCGGAGGAGGUGAGGAGGGAGGUCGAAGUUCUGAUAUCGGAUCUGAUCGUGAGGCUGAAACAGCUGCUGUUCAACUCCCUGUUCUGUGCCUACUACGUCGGGUUCAUCCCCAUGCAAUUUGCCGAUAGUCGACUGUACUAUGACAAGUGGUGGUGUAUGGAGCAUGCGUUCUUGGUGUGGGCCAACUCAUUUGUGAUCCUCAGCACCCAUCUCCUCCCUCCCUCCUACUGCCAGCUCCUCUUCCAGUGCUCCAUGAACCUUGGCUGCUGGGCCAGAUGCACCCACAGUGACACUCACAACGUAUGGUCCCCAGACAUGGUGUGGCCGUGUGAGGCAGUGGUCCAAUGGAACGGAGAGUCAUUCAAGGGGGAGGGACCACAGAAUGUCUCCAUUCCUUGCAAUUCCUCUCAGGAAUUCUUCUACUUUUUCUUCAGCUCCAGACAUCACGUCUACACCUGGCUGCUGGCCAUGCAGUGUGUCCUCAUAGCAUUCCAGAUUGUCGUACUCCUGCGCUGCGUGCUUUGGUACCAGUUCCUGAGUCUCUCGGUCUUCCUUACCUUCAACAGCUACAUCUUCUACGUCCUGCUCUACAACAGACUUCGCUGCAGGCAGACCAGACUCAUUACAUGACGUGACUACUCUGUACUAGUCAUUGAUAUUAUCUCUUUUUUAUGGUACUCAAGUUCUUCUCGCAGUUGAGGAUGCAAAGCUGCAAAGCUGCAAAGCUGCAUAGUUCGUGUUAUUACAGUCGUGUGCAGUACGUUGACACCCUUAUUUAGGGGGGACAGCA